GGCGGCCAAGAGCCGCUUUGUGCGCUGCGCGCGGGCGCCCGCCGACGCGAACAGCGUCUAGUGUCUAGCGCGCGAUGCUUGGCGGUGCGGCUCCGCGUCUGGGGAAAUUGCCCCUGGUAGGGAUCGCCUUGACCGCUAUUGUCUGCGGCCUUGUCUGGCAAUAGUCGUCGGAUGGGCUGUUCCCGGGGGCGGACUAGCGAUGCUUGGUCGCUGCGAGCGCGCAGCCUGCACGUCAUUUGUUUGUUCGGGAGAGGGCCUUCCGUGGUGAUCGCUUGGGCGUGGCGGCGAGUGCUUGCGGCUGGUUUAGGGAGCAGGUAGGUAUUAAAGAGGGCGUUGUUCUCGUGCUUUGGGUCGGCAUCAAACCAUUCAGUCCAGCAGCAUCAGCAGCAACAUCAUCAAUCCACUCUUCUACCUAAUUCCUAAUACCCCUUCUGCUCUACACACACAAACCUAAUACCCUCCCCCAACCAACAACAACCACAACAAUGAAGACCAGCACCUCUCUCCCCCUCUUCCUCGCGGCCCUCUCCGCCGCCGCACCCACGACCCUCCAAAAGCGCGCCGGCCCCACAGAUGCCGACAUCCUGAACUACGCGCUGACGCUGGAGCACCUGGAGAACAACUUCUACAAGCAAGGGCUCGCCAACUACACGGAGGCGGACUUUGCGGCUGCGGGCUUCGACGCCGCCUUCUACGCGAACCUGAAGACGAUCGCUACCGACGAGAGCGAGCACGUCGACUUCCUCACCAAGGCCCUCGCUGCUGCUGGCGCGACCCCCGUCAAGGAGUGCGAGUACAAGUUCGGCGUCAGCGACGUCAAGGGCUUUUUGGCGACUGCUUCUGUGCUCGAGGGCGUCGGCGUGUCCGCCUACCUCGGCGCAGCCGCAGACAUCAUGUCGAAGACGUACCUCACAGCUGCCGGCUCAAUCCUCACCGUCGAAGCGCGGCACAGCGCGUACAUCCGCAGCGCCGCGCUCAAGGCCGCCCCCUUCGCGCAGCCCUUCGACGAUCCCCUUUCCUACAACGAAGUCUACACGCUGGCAGCGCAGUUCAUAUCCGCGUGCCCGAGCAGCAACCCCGCCCUGCCCGUGAAGGCAUUCCCAGCGCUCAUGGCCAGCAGCAAGGACAGCACGAUCAAGGCGGGCUCGACCGUCAUGCUCGCGACGCCCGGGUACGAGCUUAAGAGCGGGGAGGAGGACGCUGCUGUUUAUGGCGCGUUUGUGACGGUUACGGGGCCCGUUGUUGUCGAUGCGAAGAGGGUGGAGGGCGGGUUUGAGGUUGUGGUCCCCAAGGGUGUUAAUGGUCAGAGCUAUGUUGUGCUUACCGGCUGCAAGGAUGUCGUCUCUGAUGAUACGGUUGCGGCUGGUCCGGCUGUUGUCGAGAUUGCGAACUAAGCGAAGGGUGUGCGCGAUGAGAGGGUGUAAUGGCUAUGUAUGGGUAAUGACUGCUUGUUUGGGGGUUGUAAUCUGUCUGAGGAUGAUUGUUGGUAGUAAUGAAG